UAAAAUAAAAUCCCGGUCAUCUCAAAACAAAACCACCCACGAGCAACAGAAGCGGCAACAAAAUACUACCUAACCCAAACCAUGGCAUCCGCAGCUAUAAUUUUUGCAGCCACAACAAACGCCAUAACCACCUCAAACUGGGAGAUAUCUAUAAUCACAGAACCAGCAGCAUCCAUCAUUACAUUAGCCAUCAUAAUAAAAAUAGCAGCAGCACCAUUUCACUUCUGACUGCCAGAUGUAUCACAAGGAUCAACCACUAUAACUACUCUGACCAUCCUAACAUGACAAAAAAUAGCCCCACUUAUAAUCCUUCUAACAAUCCACAAUAAUACCAACAUAACAAUCCUAACAAUAUCCGCAAUCGCCUCAAUUACUGUAGGCGGCCUAGGCGGGCUGAACCAAACACAGCUCCGUAAACUAAUAGCAUUCUCAUCUAUCGCUCACACAGGAUGAAUCUUAGCAACCAUAACUAUAGCACCAAUAAUCUCCACACUAACAUUUAUAACAUACACAAUAGCCACUAUUCCAGCAUUUAUAUCAAUUAACCUUACACAAUCCACAACAAUAAAAGAUAUCGGAAACAUGUGAACAACCUCACCUCACAUAGCCAUAAUUAUAUCAAUAACAAUCCUAUCCCUGGGGGGAAUUCCACCCCUAACAGGAUUCAUACCCAAAUGAUUAAUCCUAAACAACCUUACCUCAAUUAACAUAGUAAUAGAUGCAACUAUCAUAGCUAAUAUACUAAAGAAAUAA